CUCGACUGCUUGCUAAUUUACUCUAGUGAGGAGAAAACAAAGAGACAUGGCCAUUCGAGUGUUGCUCCUUGCAGGAGCUCUCCUGGUCCUUGCAUGCUCGCAUGGCGCCACCGCCUCCGACCCCAGCCUUCUCCAGGACUUCUGCGUUGCCGCGAAUGCAUCUACCCACGCAGUGCGUGUCAACGGACUGGCUUGCAAGGCCGCGAAAGAGGUCGUCGCCGAGGACUUCUACUUCUCCGGCCUCCACGUGGCAGGCAACACGACCAACAAGCAGGGCUCCGCAGUGACUGCCGUCAACGUCGCACAGAUCGGCGGGCUGAACACCAUGGGCGUCUCCCUAGUCCGCAUAGACUACGCCCCAUUCGGCCUCAAUCCUCCCCAUACUCACCCACGUUCCACUGAGAUUCUGACCGUGCUGGAGGGCUGCUUGCACGUCGGGUUUGUGACGUCGAAUCCUGAGAACAAACACUUUGAGAAGGUUCUCAACAAAGGAGAUGUGUUUGUGUUUCCUAAGGGCCUCAUCCAUUACCAAUACAAUAACAGGACUACCGGUGCAGUAGCUAUUGCGGCGCUGAGCAGCCAAAACCCUGGAGUGAUCACAAUAGCCAACGCGGUGUUUGGAGCCGAGCCUUCCAUCCCGGCUGGUAUUACUACCAAGGCCUUCCAGGUGGAGAAGAGCACGGUGGAUUGGAUCCAAACACAGUUCUAAGUUGUGUUCCCACGAAUGCAUUGCUUUGUUUGUAAGAAUCAAUCAGUACUAUUUGAUGUUUAGAUUAUUCAAAUUUGCAUUGCAUUACAUUCUUUUUAUAACAUUGUAAGUCGAGGAUAGUGUGUCCUCAUGGAUGUAUGUUUUUUUUUCCUGUUUAAUGUUGAUGUGUUGUGGGACACAACCCAAUUAUAACUAAAUUUUUUAUAGGUAAUUGUAUGCUUUCGUGUGUAAUAUUGAUGUGUUGUGGGACACGCCCCUAUUGUUUAUUUCAAAUAUAAAUCGUUCUUUUCCUGCAUAACUAGCACAGUGGCCCUCGCAAAUGCGAGGGCAACGGCUUUAUUCUUUUGAAAUUGUUGGAAAAAUAAUGAUUUUGAUAUUCUAGUGACAAUGCUAAAUUGAAUAUCAUAAGAAAGAAACUUAUUGAAGGCCUCUUCGGUAUGUAGGAUUUUGAAACAUAAGAAUUUGAUGCAAGUUAACAUUGAGGACUGGAAAGCACAAUAAUUUUGUAAACUUUUUAUUGGUUCUAUAAAUGUCAGCCAUAAUAAUAAGUACUACAUUUGUUCCGAAAUAUAUUGCAUAUGAGAUUUUUGCAAAAUCUAACUUUGUAAACUUUGACAUAAGUUCGUACAAAAAACUGUCAACAUCUACAAUACCAAACCAUUACCAUUAGAUCAUGAAAUAUAUUUCAUAUGGUAUAUAUUUGGUAUUGUAUAUAUUGGUCAAACUUUAUGAAACUUGACUUUUGAGAAAACCAAAUCACACUAUAUUAUGGAACGGAGUAAGUACAAUUAUGAUUUUCUUAUGCCACUAAAUACCUCAAUACAAUUUUUAUUGUGCAUUAUAUUUUUGAAAUCAAUAUAACCAAACUAAUGUAUAUAGAGAGAUGGAUAUCACAUUUUCCGCUCUCACAUCAUGUCUUUUCGUGCACCUAGUUUGUACAUCAAACCCUCUAGAGAACCUUUUG